CUUGAGCAGCGCCCUGAGUGACGUCACGUGCAGUUGUUUUGUCAUCGAGCUCGAGGUUGCGUUGCGGCCAUUUUUUUUUAGCUCUCCCCUUUGUUGGGGCCGCUGAUCCAGUCUCUCCCUGACAACAAAAACACUUCGGAGUAAAACGCAAGUUAGAUUUAUAUCUUUGUUUUUUAAUUUAUUUAUAUUUUCUCCGGGGCUCGCUUGUUCUGCCCGCUCAGCCUCGACAACAUGGACCCAGCCAGCCGGUACCAAGUGUUGCACAACGAGGACGACUCGUCCACUGGCAGCGAGCAGCAGCCGUGCACCUCAGCUCAAGCCCGUGCGUCCGGGCAGGUCCAGAGUCAAGCGGAGUCCAACGUGACCCCCGCUGCGUCAUCGGGAGAGGCGCCCCCACCUCCUUACGCCUCCGUUGACCUGGGUGCCACCGCUGCGUCACCUGAAACCAGUUUCCAAGGGGACUUCCCAGUACCGCCGCCCUACAGCGUCGCCACGUCCCUGCCCACGUACGACGAAGCUGAGAAGGCCAAAGCGGCCGCCAUAGCUGCCUCCACAGUGGAAGUGCUGCCCCGGGAGGACGACUUCUCACCCAGAGAAGAUUUUAGUGAUGCCGAUCAGCUCCGAGUUGGGAACGAUGGAAUCUUCAUGUUGGCGUUUUUCAUGGCCUUCUUGUUCAACUGGAUCGGCUUCUGCCUGUCCUUCUGUCUGACGAACACCAUCGCAGGACGCUACGGCGCCAUCUGCGGCUUCGGCCUUUCCCUCAUUAAAUGGAUCCUCAUAGUCCGAUUCUCAGACUACUUCACCGGUUACUUCAACGGCCAGUACUGGCUCUGGUGGAUCUUCCUGUUGCUGGGCCUCUUGCUGUUCUUCAGGGGGUUUGUGAACUACCUCAAAGUUCGCAACAUGUCGGAGAACAUGGCCUCGUCUCACAGAACGCGCCUCUUCUUCCUCUAUUAAAGGGUUCCCUACAAAACGGCUUUAAAGUUCCUUCCCUCGCCCUCGUAUGACCUGCCCCAGGAGCCGAACAGCGGAGAGAGGUAACGGGGAAGGAGAGAAGUGGGGCGCAAGUGUCGUUGAAACAACUCGAUUCACUUCGGUCUCGGAUGAUUUCCUGGAACCGCUUUUUUUUUAAUUUGCCUUUUGAUUUAAACCUUGUGCUGUUUUCCCUCAUCCAGUUUGUGUCGCUUAUCAAAAGCAGAAGAAUUCAGGUAAAUGAACUCGCACGCUAAACGCAAAAAGCUUCAAGGACCUAAAAACGGUUAAACCAGCUGGUUUCACGAGUCCGCCGUCGUCAGGGUUCGGGGCGUUUUUCGAGUCUUGAUUUUUACAGUGUUUUUUGUUUUGUUGUCAGACGGCGGGAUCAACCACGAAAACCCGGGACUGAUACAGAACACGCAUCCCUGAUGCUUUGGUUGUUCUCAAACGAAACAGCCCGGUUCUACUCGUAUUGACCCCAAACGUGAAAUCACACAUUCAAAAUGGUUUCUGUAGGAAACCCAGUUGGAUCAGUUGGGGGUUUACUAAUAACCAGUAAACUGUCUGCAGGUUUACGUGUGUUGAAAAGAAACAUAAAUCCAUACAAAUGCUAAUAAACAUCAAUAUUUUGUAUCGUCCAAGUGUCUUUUCUCCUAAUUUAUUUAUUCGUUGUGCUAUUUUUCAAACCUUUAAGACCACCAGCUUUAAGCAGCUUCUGGUCUUAAUGGUUUACGGUAGGAGGAAUGUACUGGUUCCCCUUUUCUCGUUUUGAAUCGAAAGAAAAAUUAAGGACAAAGAAACGCACCUGACUAACAAAACUGGAUUAUGUAUAAUAAAAAAAAAAAAUCCGAACUCACGCUUCACUUAAAUCUUCCAAGCGAUCCGAUAUAACCGUGUCUUCAGGCUUCUCCGGUCCUACCAGGUGGAAACCGGGCCCGACACGGUCCACUUCAGUUCCGGUGCCGUCCGUAAGAAGCGAUGUCCGAACUGAAGGACCGUGCCAGGCUUUAUUUUUAAAUAAAGAACCUCCUCGGAGUGUAAGAGUCUUAUGCAAUUUACUCGGCCGUGUUGAAUCGUUGAUGCGUAACGAUGACGUAGAUGUAGUCCAGUCACCGCAGACGGAUCCGGUUCUGGUUCGGCCCGUUGAAGGAACAAGUGCACCUAGCUGCUGUGCAUGUUCUCGCGGAUCUCUCUCUGGGACUUGGGGGGGGGUUAAGGUUCUCGUGGCGACGCAGCUCCGAUGAUCAAGAACGACGUCGGCGUGGGAAUUUCCGUGAGCGGAGCCUGAAAUAAGGACCUCCCCCAGACAAGGGGGGGUGUCGUCAAAUGAAAUGUAUAUAUGAGCUUAUGCUAAUUUUUAAUAUUUGCACUUUGACAUUCUGUACAGUAAAAUUUGUGAAUCUGCUAAACUUGAUGGGGUAGAAAAGUAAAGCGAUCUUAGCCAUCCAAGUUUUUUUAUUAUUAUUAUUUUAAACUGGAAUUAUUAAUGAUCUCAAAUGGAUAAUCUGCCUUUUGCACAAUUAUUUGUCCCCCAAACAAAAACCCGUUUGUUUUUUUGUUUUUAACCUAAACUGUGACAGCUCGAGUGUUUUGCCAAACCUUGUGUCCCUCAGCAAUAUCAGGACCUUUGGAUGAAAUGACGCUGUGUUGCAUGAUUGACCCUCCUGACUGCGUUAGAGCUUCACGUGAAUCUACAAGUACACGUUUGUCUUUGUAAAUACGAAUAAUUAAAGAGGUGUCUCAAGAUGCUCUGUUGGUGUUUAUCUGUUGUAACUGGAAUUAAAAUGACGGAUGUUGCAAAAAAAGAUUGCCAAUAAAGUUCAAAAGCCUGCCACUU